CAUCAUUCUCUUGCUUCCAGUCAACUACUAAAGUUCGAGUUAUUUGCUAGCUGCGGCAAUUAAAAUAAAAACUUUUUUAUUCCUCGUUAAUUGUGUGUAAACUAUUUGUACUUUUACAUUUUGCAUAUUUAAUAAACAUCAUGGCACCAAUUGGAAAUAGUAACUAUGAUUAUGACUUGGUUGUCAUCGGAGGUGGAUCUGGUGGAUUGGCCUGUGCUAAAGACGCUGUAGCGAACGGUGCUAAAGUAGCUGUACUGGAUUAUGUCGUACCAACACCAACAUUAGGCACCAAAUGGGGUAUUGGAGGAACUUGUGUAAAUGUUGGAUGCAUUCCCAAAAAACUAAUGCAUCAAGCCGCUCUUUUAGGUGAAGGAAUUCAUGAAGCUGUAGCUUAUGGUUGGAAAGUUGAAGGUGUUGAAAAAGUCAAACCAGAUUGGUCAAAACUUGUACAAUCUGUGCAAAACCACAUCAAAUCAGUUAACUGGGUGACCAGGGUCGACCUUAGAGACAAAAAAGUCGAAUACAUCAACGCAUUGGGUUCAUUCAAAGAUGCCAAUACCGUUAUUGCUCGCAUGAAGAAUGGCACUGAGAGAGAACUCACAGCUAAGAAUAUCGUUAUUGCUGUUGGUGGACGUCCCCGCUACCCUGACAUCCCCGGAGCGGUUGAAUACGGAAUAACUAGUGAUGAUAUAUUCAGUUUGUCUCAUGCACCCGGCAAAACCCUGGUAGUAGGAGCUGGAUAUAUUGGUCUUGAAUGUGCUGGUUUCCUUAAGGGGCUCGGUUAUGAAGCCACAGUUAUGGUUCGAUCAAUUAUUCUACGUGGAUUCGAUCAACAAAUGGCAAAUAUUGUAGCCGAUGCCAUGGUCGAGAGGAACAUUCCUUUCCUGCGUAACACAGUUCCAAAGUCUGUUGAAAAAACCGAAGAUGGACGACUUCUUGUUAAGUACGUUAACACUGAAACCAACGAAGAAGGCAGCGAUGUGUACGACACCGUUCUGUGGGCUAUUGGUCGUAAAGGUCUUGUUGACGAUUUGAAAUUGAACAACGCUGGUGUUGUAACCAAAGGUGAUAAGAUUCCAGUCAACGAAAAAGAGGAAACCAAUGUCCCUAACAUCUAUGCUGUUGGUGACAUUAUUCACGGUAAACCCGAACUGACUCCGGUGGCUAUUCACGCUGGUCGUUUACUGUCACGCCGUAUUUUCAGUGGUGCUACUCAAUUGAUGGACUAUGACAACGUAGCCACAACUGUGUUCUCACCCCUCGAAUACAGUUCCGUAGGUCUGAGUGAAGAGAAUGCCAUCGCCAAGUAUGGCGAAGACAAUAUUGAAGUAUACCAUGGAUAUUAUAAGCCAACUGAGUAUUUCGUACCACAAAAGAGCGUAAGAUAUUGCUAUGUUAAGGCUGUAGCUGAACGCUCGGGAGACCAAAAGGUUCUAGGUCUACAUUAUAUUGGCCCAGUUGCUGGUGAAGUUAUGCAAGGAUUCGCAGCUGCAGUGAAAUCUGGUUUAACAAUAAAAAUUCUUUUGAACACUGUUGGAAUUCAUCCUACAACAGCUGAAGAAUUUACACGUCUGGCAAUCACAAAACGCUCAGGCUUGGACCCUACCCCAGCUUCUUGCUGCAGUUAGAUUGUAUGUUCAUACAAUUAAAUCAAUAUCAAAAUGAGCAGCAGCUUAAGUGUCUGGCUCAAUAUCUACAUAAUUUUCUUCACCAACGAAUCAAACAAAUAUUCCUGUCCUGAAAAACUCACAUUGUUAACUCCAUUUGAUAAGGAGCAAAAAAAAAUUUUAAAAAUUGUUUUUAUGAUUUUCCACUAUAUGUUUAACAUGAGUAUAAAAAUAAUUUCUAUUUAUUUAAGUAAAAUAAAAACUAUACAAAAGAAAAUAUAA